GGAGCGUUCCGGAGCGCCCUCGCCUCGUUUCGCUCUUGCUAAGCUACAAAGCGCUCUCGCCAGUGGGCACCUCUUCAGCAGCAUCUCUUAAGGUCUACCUGAAUGGAGACCUGGUCCGAGGCCGCUCUUCCUUGAUAGAUCCGCUACAGAACCGACCUGCGAUGAGCUCAAUCUGUACGGGCCUCAACAUCGACCGCCUGCCUAAUUCGAACAUUUGGGCACACGUGAUUCUCUGCGUUUCUCCCCGGACACCCAUCUGUCUGCCACAUGAUGCCCAUGCAGGUCGGCGAUGAGCUUUCUCAAACGCUGAGAAUGUUCGUGGACAUAACAGAGAGACGCCCUGGCGCUCUACCGAGGCAUGUCGCUCUUGCCAAGCUCAAGGCCUCUCUCGCGCGUGGUCGCCUUUUUCGAGGAUUCGACCAAGGCCCACCGCAGCGGCAAUACGGCCAGCCACCAUUGAAGCUGGACCCACUGGCGACGAAUACUGCGAGAACCAGCCUGAAGCACUACGGGCUGCUUUGCAGCGAGAUAGACGACCUCGAGCUCUCCCCGUAUCCGUCGCCUCUCUGGAAGUCGCUCUUCUCCGCCGUGCCGAUGGCUAUGGAGUGGGUCGCGUUCCUGCAUCCGAUGAAUGGCAACGUCUACAAGGUGGAGGACCCAGAGUACUAUCUCGACAUUGCGUACGUCUUCACGGUCCUCCUUGACGGCCUGAUACAGCCGCGCGUGGGCGCAGACGAGAAGGACUUAGCGGACUGGCUUGUGACCACGCGCCUGGACGUCUACAUUGUUGACUUCUGGGUAAACCUGCGCCGCUACACUCCCGACCCUCCCAAGGUCAUAGCGACGCGGUUGCUACAUGGGAUGCACACGCUCUGCCUCGCCCUCUCGUGCCCGCGUGGCACCUUGAUACCCGAGCGCAUAGGGUAUAAUCUCACGAAGAUCACGAAGUGUAAUCCUCGUCGUAUGCACCGGACGGUUAUGUGGUACGCAGGGAUGAUCUGCGAAGGCGCCGACUCCGCGGACAUGUCGGAACAACUGUACACGCUUGCCUACAGCUUCCUCAGCGACGUUUACAAAACCCCAUACUCCCCGCCUAGCGACGUCGUCAAAGCUCUCCUCCGCGAUAUAGAACGUAACAUCGAGCUGGAAGCAUGGCCGGUAGUGAAGAGCGCGUGCUCCUACCUUGAACAGAUGUGGACAUACGCGACGAGUUACCGCAUAUACGAAGUGUCUAUUGCCCACGGGGCGUUCGACGUGCUCGUACGCCUCGGAAAGGCCUUCCCUCGGGACCCUGCAACACAUGGGGGAAUCAACCGCAGUCUGUUUACGCUCUCGCAAAGCUUCGUAUAUUGGCGGCCAGUAUCUGCCUUUCAUCUCAAGCAUGGGCCCGAGGUUAUAGAGAGCGAGGAGGAGUUGUCAGCCCUGGGCUUCGGAUUUGCAUCUUUUAUUGCCGUAUAUAAGGAGCGAUGUCCUCUGCUUGAGCCCACCAGGGCGAAGAGGCAAGAGAGAAGGAGGCAUUGUCGAGCGUGUUGCACGGACCAGGGUGGUGGUGGUUCCUGUUGCACCAAGCCAGAUACAACGAAACUCUUGCGAUGCGGACGAUGCAGAAAUGAAUCGUAUUGUUCUCCCGAAUGCCAAAGGACGCGCUGGCUGAGCGGUCAUCGGGAGAUCUGCGACCCGCUAGAAGGCUGGAUGAGCGCGCGCGACAAGGAGUUCAUCGGGAAUAUAUGCACGUCCUAUCUUCGCAGCAACGCAGCAGCGGUCGUCGCGGACCUCAGGGAGGUGGACCCCGACCGCAAGCACCACUGCAUGCUCUGCGUGCCUCUGGUCGGGCGCCGGCACCACGUCAUCAGGCUUACCGAGGAGUGCAGACCAGGCGAGCCUCGUGUGGGCGCUGUUCUUGGUCUGUGGGACGAGGAGCUGAAGCGCAUGACCGUGCACGUCGACGCUAUCUCGAUAGCGGAGCUGGAGAUGCUCGCUGUCGAGGAGCGGCUCAGGACGGUGCCCAGGAUGGAGCCGUUCGACAUAUCCGCGCAUGUCAAUGAUGGGACUGAGGAAUUGGCGGCGGCGAUGGCGAGCCAUAUUCAGAGAAGCUCCGAGGUGGUAGAUGAGCAACGCAGAGCCGUAGAGAUGGCUGAGCAGAGCAUGCACACCCUUCAGAGCUUGUUGCGUAGACAUUGAACUUGUGCUUUCUCAAAUUCACUUUGUAACCCGACAUUCAAAUUUGUUACCUGCCAAAAUCAUUUGGCC